AUGAUAUUACCCCCAACUAUUACAUCCUUGCAUGUACCAACCAUCCAAGAUGUGCAGCUAAAAUUAAACCAGCAUUUAAUUCCUGCAGAAGACUCUCUAUAUGGUGGUAUGGUUCCGAAUUUGCCAUACAAUAUCACGAUGGCAGUUGUGUUUGGUAUACUAUUUUUUUAUCAUACGGGUGUAGGUAUUUACACAAAACAGUGGUGGUUCUUAGUUGCCUUUUUCUGCACCUGUAUACUAGAAUUAUUAGGGUAUUGUGGUAGAGCUAAGGGCUAUUCUGAUGUCAUUGAUAUAGAUAUGUUUUUACUUCAGUUUAUUUGUUUAACUAUUGGUCCAGUUUUCACUAUGGGUGGUAUAUACUACCAAUUAGCCAAAAUUAUCAAAAUUUAUGGUAGGAGGUUUUCUAAAAAAAUCAGUCCAAUGAUGUACUCUUAUAUUUUCAUUUUCUCUGAUAUCGUCUCUCUAGUCAUUCAAGCUGUUGGUGGUGGUAUGGACGGUGAGGCUGUUACUAAUAAUACUUCUACGGUUGAAGGUACUCAUGUAUUUGUUGGAGGGUUGGCUGUUCAAGUUGCCUCAAUGACCAUUUUCCAGUUUUUUUGGUACAGAUUAUUAUAUUUCAUCUUCAUCAAGACUAGAAUCAGAUAUGCUAAGGAGAAAUUUGGUGCUGAAAGUGAAAAAUUAGUUAAACCAUGGAAUUGGUUUAAAUUAAUUAGACGGAUUCCUUUACGGGAACUGGAGCCAUACUUUGAUUCUGAAUAUGCUGCAUUGAGAACCAGAUCUGACCAUAGAAGAUGGGCUUUAGACUAUUUCCCACUUGCUGUGUCUUUUGCUGUUAUCUUUGUAUACGUUCGUUGUAUUUAUAGAGUUGUUGAAUUAGCUGAAGGUUGGAGCGGAUACUUAAUUACUCAUGAAUUUUACUUUAUAUUUUUAGAUGGGUUAAUGAUGUCUUUGGCCACUGUUUUAUUAUGUGUCUUCCAUCCUGGAUUUGCCUUUGAUGGUAAAAAUGUCUCUGUUCCUAUCAAGCAAAUUAAAUGGAAGAAAAUGAGUUUCAGAAGGAAAUCUAAAAAAAAUGAUACUGUCACUGACACAGAUUCGGUUAUUAUAGAAAGAGAAACUACUAGUACUAGUAAUGAGAGUAACAAUUUUACCAACUCUAAAGCUGAAAUGCAACCAACCGAUGAGACAAAAGACAUGCUUGAGGAAAGUGUGCAAUACCAUAAUGUUAGUAUUGUUGGUAAUAAAGAUAUGGACAGUGAUAAAGAUAAUAUCAAUAGUAAGGAAUUUACUAGUGGUUUAUAA